CGGAGCUGCGCAGCCGCAACAUGUCUUGGCCUGGAAAAUUGUUAAUUACGUUUGAAAACUUCACCGCUGGCUUACCAGCCUUGACAAAUGACAAAAGUGCAACAAGUACAACGCCCUGCCCCAGCUCCUGUGAUUGUCAAUGUAAAUGUUGUCGGGGAUUCAGCCAAAAAUACGUUGCCUUCAAUGGCGAACCUGUUACGUCCCCCUCCAUUGCCGGUGAUGUCCAGAAAAUGAUGCGGUUCAGCACAGUGGAUAUGAUGCUGCUGCUACAAUCCGCACAAACGUGCGACAAUUUCUGGACAAAUAAUUUCUACAAGGCCAAUCUUCAUGAGGAUUAUAAGGUGAUUGGUGAUGCAUUUACAUCGAGACGGAGGCAGGUGGAUCUUAGCAAGCUAGUGGGGAUUAUGGACACCAUUACAACUGGUUAUCGACGCGCUGUAGGUCUUCUAUGUGGGGCCGAGGCACAUGGAGCGCUCCGACCAAGAGCUGUGGCCCCAUCCUAUCCGGGACUGCGAUGCGGCUGCCUGGACUGUGAGAAAUGGCCCUGGCGAACCCUCCAGCAGGUGGAAGCGCAUCAGCGUGUGCACAACAUGAGCGACAACUGGCACUGUCGGAUCUGCUAUCGGAGCUACUACCUUCAACACAUGCUCUCCUCCCACAUGAAAAGGAACGUGAGGCGCGGCGCCUUCGGACAACUUAUGGAAAAUGAAACCUACAAACAGCUGUUGGAGGACCAAAGGCAACAGGAAGUGGAAUUGAACCAGUCGCCUGCUAAGGUCCAGGAGAUGAUUAUCAGCAUACCCAUACCCCAGGGCGUCCACCUCGACUUUUUCAAGGAACUGAGAGUGGGGCCAUUGAAACGUAAACGUUGCCCUCUCAGCAAAUGUCCGCGAUGUAAUCACGAGUAUAAUUUUCCUUUCAGUCAUCAGUUGCACAUGCGCCGUCAUCAAGAACAGUCCAUGGACACCACCAGGUCGUGCCCCACCUGUAGGCGGUCGUUCCGUACCCGUCUCUGUCUUCUGAAGCAUCAGAAAAGAGUUCGCAUUGCCUGUCGUCUGCGAUACCGGCCCUUCAAGUGUCGCAGCUGCCGCUGGAGAUUUCAAAUAUGGUCUGCCCUGAGGGCUCAUGUGUCCCGGCUGCAUCAGCGAAGGAAGCCAUGUCUGAUAUGCCAAAUGCCCACAGUGAGUCGAUGUUGCUGCGCUCACUCUGCCCAAGAGUGCCGUGAGGCCAUUAAGAAGCAUCGAGAGAAGCUGCGCCUGCAGCGUGGACCACCGAAGGUGAACAGAAAGCAACCCAAGCCGGUUUGCAGCAUCUGCUCCCAAGAGUUGGGCAACAACUUCCUUCUAAAGGAGCACAUGAACAAAAAACAUCUACACCGGAGGGAGUUUUCGUGCGAAAUCUGUGGAUUGGCCUUCUACAGCCAGGGCUUGAUGCAAGUCCACCGGAAAGCGGUCCAUCUAAUGACGAAGAAAAUCCACUGCGAGGUCUGUGAUCUCACCAUCAAGGAUAAGAGCAAUUAUAAGCGUCACUGCCAGAGCCAGAGGCACCUGGAUCAGUUGGCCCAAGUUGCGAUGGAUCGGGGCGAAACUCUAGAGGUGAAGCCUUUCAAAGGCCGAAGAUCAGUUCCAGUACACUGUGAGCCGUGUGGCGUCACCCUCAAAGGCGACAUCAAUCAGCAUUUCCAGACCAUCAAGCACAAGCGAAAUGUUGCAAAAUCAAAAGCAAUCAAAGCGGAUAGAAAAAAUUCCUUGGAACAAUCCAACGAGCGACAGGAAUCAGUUGGCUCGGAGCCGUGUAGAUUCCAGAAACCCGAACAAGUUAACUACUGCGGCACUUGUGAUCACACGAUUAUUGGAACUAUGCACAGACACUUAAAAUCAAGAAAGCAUAGGGAUAAUUUGAUAAGAGAUAGAGAGAAAAGAGGAAGCCGUACAUGACUGAUUAAUAUUUUUAAACUUCUAUAGCUCUUUUUAAAUUUAAAUCGAAACCGUCAAAAUAUACCAAAAUUAA